AUGUCUGUUCCUGAAGACGACAUCAAUGGGGUAGAUCCUGGCCCAACAGUUCUGCAAGCGCAUACACGAUUAGCGCAAACUGCACACAAGUAUAUUCCCUCACUGUUGUGUGUCAACUGUCUGAUUUGGCAUGCAGAGACAAAACGUGCACGCACCGUGCUCGCUCUCGCUGAAGAGUUGGAUAUCCCUUGUCUACCUGAGAUGGUCCGCCACUUUCUCUUCCAGCAGACACGUCCGGAUGAUCCACAAGAUGUGUCGGAAAUUCCUAUUGCAGGAUGCCCUCGAUAUGAGGGCAAAAUAUUAGUAUUCAACUCUGCAUGCUCACAGUUUUAUGCCCCAAGUGAUAUAAGUGGGAUCGGUGGGAUGUGGAGUGAACACAUUCAUGCUUGUCCCAUGUGGUGGAACGAGGCCCCUCGUUAUGACUGUGCUUUCGUCAAUAUUGGGUCAGAAGAUGUGGGCAUUUGA